GUGGAAGAGGGAUGGAAGUGGCAAUAAAAUUGCUCAUCCAGUUACUGGCAAAGACAUCUUACAGUUCGUAGCUAUCAAGAGGAGAGACUGUGGGGAGUGGGCCAUUCCAGGGGGGAUGGUGGACCCAGGGGAGAAGAUUAGCGCUACCCUGAAGCGAGAAUUUGGGGAGGAGGCCUUGAACUCCUUGCAGAAAUCUCCUGAAGAUAAAGCAGAAUUAGAGAAGCAUCUCCACAAGCUCUUCAGCCAGGAACACUUUGAGGUGUACAGAGGAUACGUGGAUGACCCUCGUAACACUGAUAAUGCCUGGAUGGAGACAGAGGCCGUGAACUAUCAUGAUGAAACCGGUGAAACAAUGGAUAAUUUGCCACUGGAAGCAGGUGAUGAUGCUGGAGUAGUGAAGUGGGUUGACAUCAGCGAGAAGCUCAAGCUGUAUGCAAGUCAUAGCUACUUCAUUAAGCUUGUGACUGAGAAGUGGGGAGCCCACUGGAGUGAGGACCCUGGUCCUGAGUGCCGUGAGUGAUAUAAAUAAGGAGUUGACUGACACCAAUGGAAGGAUAUGUUUUCCAGCUUUGAAACAGAUGAUAUUGUCCUUUUCAUUGGAAAUUCAGUGAAAAUUCCUCGAAAUUCAGCAGCAACAACAUUUGGCAGUGAUAAAUAGAGGCUUUUUCAAAGACUUCAGAUUGCUUCUUUUGAUUUCUCAGCAAGUGUGAAAUGAGAUGAAUGUGGAGCUUGUUUUGCUUUCUUGUCUUCAUUAUUCACAGGCAUUUCAUAAUAUCUGCAGGUUUGCAUUGUAACACUGGGAUUUUGACUGUAGUUCAGAGGCUGUUUACUUUAGCUCUGUAUUUUUGCACUGAUUUCUUGUCAGGAGUACGAAUCCUUAAGGAUGUGAGACUUGUAAGAUGAUAACCUGAAUGAUGACUUAAAUUAAGUGCUACCUAAUAAAGUGAAGUUUCUUUUCUGAGU